AAAAGGUUGUUUUCCAAUUACAGAUCUGGGUUUUCUCUCACAAACUUCAUCUUCUUCCUCCUUUCCUCCUCGAUAGUUUUGCCUCCUCAUUCUCUAUCAACCUUCCUUCCUUUCCCUGCUCAUCCUUUUUCUUUCUUCUUCUUAUUCUUUCUCUCUCUCUCUUCUCCCUUCUCCCUCUCAAACCCAGAUCUGGGUUUCUCUCAGGCCCAGAUCUGGGUCCGUCUCAACAUUUUUACCUACCAAUUGUCAAACUCUCUUCAUCAAACUACUCUUUCGCCCCUCUACAAAUUCAUCAUCGCCAAACCCAUUUUUCCUUAUUGGCACAAACCUUCAUCCUCUCCGCCAUUCAACCUUUCUCCCAUCUCAGACUUCUGAUUUUGCUAUCACCGCCACACUACUACACCUCAACAAAACCCACGAAACCAACACCCACACCAUUGACCAUGGCUGGCAAAAGGUCACCUACGCCAAGAGGCAGCGGAAGCCCAAGCCGAAUGCAGAUGUGGGAGAUGCAGUUCAGUGACGUGGAGGUCGCCGCCAAGGUCGCCGCCAAGGUCGAUUCACCAUAGAUCCAAAUAUUCAUGGGUACCUCUAAUUUGAGUUAUCAAGGGAGAACCCACACAAAUCUGGAAGGAAAAAGUGGAGGAAGAAGAAAGGGGGGAGAGAAAGAAGAAGAAAAAGGUAGGAGGAAGGGGGAAGAGGAGGAAGAAGGCUGGGAAAGAGGAAGGGGCAGUGGGAUGAGAGAGAAGAAGGGAGGAAGAAGAAGAAGAAUAAUGCAAUAAUAAAUGAUGUGGAUUUUU